AAUGCCGAACUUGAGCCCGCCCCCUCCCUCUCUCCCUCUCAGUCUCUCUCUCUCGCUCUCUCUCUCCAGAUAAAUGUGCACCAGGGUUGAGGGACUGAGUGAGUGAAUGUGUGUGUCGCGCAGAUUACAAAAAGGAAUCUACGGACCGAGAGCGCGCGCGGCGGCGCCCCGCACCCCGUGACACAAUGUAGCAAAUUAGACCGCCGUAAUCGCACAUGAGCGUCCAGUUUGACCGGACCGGACCGAAGUGAACUGAACUAUGCCCAGCGCCGAGAGAACUUUACCUGAACUCGAGAGGAACUCUUUCUUACACUGCGACAUGGCGGAGAGAGGCGGUGACGUGAACACGCUUAGCGUGCCGACGGUCAUGCGCAGAGGUGGUUCUGAGACGUGCUUAGAUCUGGAUUCUGAUCUGUUGGUACGGGACACCCCACGAUCACGUUCUGGUCUGGACACCCUGCAGCAGAAAGUGCUCAAAGUGAAAGAGCAGCUGCGAAUCGAGCAAAACUUGCAGGAUGAAAACGUGGCAGAGUAUCUCAAACUCAUCAACAGCGCCGACAAGCAGCAGAGCGGCCGCAUCAAACACGUGUUUGAGAAAAAGAACCAGAAAACGGCACACAAUAUAGUUCAGCUGCAGAAGAAGCUAGAGCAGUACCAACGCAAGAUGAAGGAGUGCGACAUCUCGAACGGGACCAAGCACACGCCCACACACUCCAAAGAAAACGAGAUGCCCAAAGACAACCUCAAGGAAAGCGUGGUCACGGGAAGUGGGCGCCACGUACAUUUGGACAAAGUCAGGACGGUUGGCCCUGGCGUUUCGCUGUCGCCGCCGUUCUUCUUCAGCAAGCCUAGAGAGAUAGCAAACCUCAUUCGCAACAAGUUCGGUAGCGCGGACAACAUAGCGCAGCUGAAGAGCUCCAUGGAGACGGGAAGCGGGCUGCAGGCGGAAGGGGGAGCCCGGACUCUGAGCGGCAGCGCCACGCUAACCCCUAAACCCAAAUACCCGAGUGAUGACGAGUGCUCCACAGGGACAUCGGUGUCGAUUGAGAGUAACGGUCAUGUGACUGGAUCGGGAGCGACGGGGCAGCACAGCGGGUCUGCGAGAGUAGGAGGCCAAGGGGAAAGCAGCAGCCGGCUGGUGGAAGCCUGGGAGGAGAUAAGGGAGUUGAAGGAAGCUCAGAAUCUACUGGCAGAGGACAUUGACACUCUGAAGACCCAGUUUAAAUGUGAAUUUGAGAAUAUUACACAAACACUACAAGAGGAGCGCUUCAGGUGUGAGCGAUUGGAAGAUCAGCUUAAUGACCUCACUGAGCUUCAUCAGAAUGAGACGGCAAAUCUCAAACAGGAACUAGCAAGCAUUGAGGAAAAAAUGGCCUAUCAAGCCUAUGAACGAGCCAGAGAUAUACAGGAUGCUUUAGAGGUUUGUCAGACGCGAGUGAGUAAGUUGGAGUUACAGCAACAGCAGCAGCAAGUCUUGCAGUUGGAAGGUACCGACGCCAAAGUGCUGCUGGGAAAAUGCAUUAACAUCAUGCUGGCCAUCGUCACUGUGAUCUUGGUGUGCGUCUCCACGGCUGCGAAGUUUUCCGCUCCACUAAUGAGAAGUCGUCUACAUGUUUUCGGGACUUUCGUAUGCGUUUGUCUACUGGUGUAUGGCUGGAGCAACUGGGAGCACUUGCAGUGCGCCUUAGAACGAAUGCUACUGCCUAGAUGAGGGACGUAAAACAUGCGUGUUGUGUUUCGUGACGUUUCGGGUCAGAUAAAGUGCUCCUCCAGGGAUCGUCCCUUCAAAAUGUGACUCAUAAGACAAUGGCUUUAACAUACACUUUUGGUCCAUUUUGUGUUUGUAAGUGAACGAGAUAGUAUUCAUGACGUACUGUAGCAGAAACCGGUCCAUCUCUGUGACUGUAUUGUUAUACUUUCGAAUAACAUGUUUCAAUUCGUCAGCUGUGUCUUAAAAGUAAAGGUUUACCACCUUUUUUUUACACAUUUUAUGUGCUUUCUUGGGUGGCGAUGGCAUGUUUGUGCUCACAAAAACAAAUCUGGGUCAUAUUUCAUCUCGCAAUCUGUCAUAAGAGAGAAUAUAUAUAUAUAUAUAUAGCAUAAAGAAAAUUAAGACUAUUUAGGGACCAGAUAUUUGUUUGUUGUUUUUUUUAUGUUUUACUGGGUGUGUUUUUAUGGGUGAGUACUUGUCAUUAUUCUUGAUUCUCAUUAGGUUUUUAUUACUUUGAAGAAUGUGAUUCUAAAAAGUAAUUGGACAAUAUUUUUCAUUUUAAUAAUGAGUGAUAUUUUAUUGCAGUAAUGAGAUUUUUGGAGAAUGUGAUUAAUUAUAAAUAUGUUAGAAUGCAGAGCAUGUAAUUGUCUUAAAGGGCUUGAUUUUCUUUAUGCAAAUAUAUAUAUAUAUAUGUAUAUAGGAAUUCAGGGUGAAAUACAAACCAGACAUGUUUUUGGCAUGCUUUGUGAGUUUCAUUCGUUUACUAAGAUUACGUUUUCUAGCAUUAUUUGUACUAAUGAAAUGGCCUGAAGUUCUUUUCACCGACACUUUAAAAUGGUUAAAAAGUUCUGUUUUUGUUUUUUAAUUAUUAUUCUGAUCAGCGGUGCUCUGGACUGACCACAAAAGAUGGAAACAAACACUUUCUUUUUGUUUGCUAAUAGAAAUGCCUCGGGGGUUAUAGAACAACAGACGGAAACAAAUGUUUAUGUAACGCAUUCUGAACUGUUCUUUGUGGAAGUUAGAAUUACUAUUUUUAUAUAUUUUUAAGUAGCUUUGUUUAAUGUAAGCUUUAAUGAUUCCCACAAUGCAAACUGAUUUAAGCAUUACUACAACUGUUCCUUUUGAGUGUGCGUGUGCCUGCCUGUGGUUUUGACUGAAAAUUAUACAAGCCACAACAUCAAAUUUACCCAUGAACCUGAACUAAGAUUAAAAGGCCUUUUUUUUUUCUCUAAGCAUGGGAAAAGUGAUUUUAUUUGUUUUACACAUGCUUCAGUGUCCAUCCGGUAGGAAACUGGUCUGGUUUUAAAUAUGAUCAAAACCUAAAAAUAAAUCUCCUCAUUUUACCUAU